UCAAUGCAGUACAACCCUGGCUGGAACAACUCCUCUGUCAACCUGCUCCACGUGCGGGCGGUGGGGCCCAGUGACACCCUGCACUACAUCUGGAGCAGUAUUGGGGCCCCCACGGUGCUACUGGUGGCUACGGAGAACACGAGCAGCGCCCUGUGCGUCAACUGGACGCAGCUGCUCUCGCCCGCUCCUGCGGGUGCCAUCUGGAUCGACCCUCCCAGCAGUGUUGUCUACUCCACUGCUGUUGUCUUCACCAAGGUGUUUGAGUACAGUGAGGCCAAAACGCUGGAAGAGUUCUUCUACCCCACGUACGACCUGUCUGAGUUUUCCUGGGACAGCAUCAAUCACACCCUGAACCACACAGCCCUGACGGCCGAGUUCACGGGCAUUCCGGCCACUGACCCCAGUGGCAGCUUCUCCAACGGCAGCCUGGCGUUUCGGGUGACAGCGUACAAGGCCAGUGGCCGUGACGGGCCUCUGCCCAGCCUCCUGCACACGGCAAACAGCUCUAAAGUAGAGUUUGUCCUGGCUGGGGUGGCUCCACGGGGCAACAACUCCCAGUUUGUGCUGGAGGUGGCCACGGUGGAGGAGACAGGGGUGGCGCAGAAGGUGCGCUCGGUGCGCUCUAUCGACGAUGAGUACACUCCCACCAUCUUCGAGAUGCUCUCCCUAGUAGCCGAGUCCCAAAAUGACAGCUCCACGCUCAGCUUCCUGCAGUGGAAGGCAACAGCCUACGGCUCCCCGUUUUUGGCCAGCAUCCAGUGCCGGUCUCGUGGCCUGCAAGCAGCCAACUGGACCCUGCCCGUGCCCAGCAUUGUCCAUGCCUACUUUGGGGAGGAUGUAGGCAGCACCUACACCAUCAGCGCCAUCAAUAUCUCUUUUGGGGGAGAGGAUGGAAAGGUUUACCAGGAGAAGCGCUACCUUAGCUGGUCGGCGCUGCUGGGCUUCGGGCAGCCCCCCAGGGACACCUUCUCCCCCCUUGUCAUCUCCAUCAUGGCCGUGGCACUGGGCACCCCCAUGGUGAUGCUCCUGAUGGGCAGCUGCGUGGUUCUCUUUGCCCAGAGGAAACGCUACUCUGAGUACGAGCCCAUCAACUGA